AUGGAUAUUCCAAAUAUCGAACAAGGUGUUAAAAGCAACACAUUUGAUGCAACAGAAUCCGAAUAUCCGAUAAAAGUUAAAAAAGAUGACGAUCAAGAUUUACUUCUGCAUCCUGGAAAUGGACAGCCAGAUAAAAUAUACUCUUCUAUAAGCUUAAAAGACAUUGUUGGUAAAACAGUGGUUAACAUUCUUGCAAAAAGCAAUCUGCAUGGCCUAUUUGGUUCCAACAAAAUUCUGCCAGGAUGUAAUCUUGACGAUAAUAAUAGGUGUCAGUUUCCAUCCGACAUAGCGAGUGAUCCAUCUGAGUCGCCUAAUUAUUUGCUCAAUCUCGAUCCGGAUAUUGUGGAAAUGCUCGUUGAUAAUGAUCCAUUACUUAUCAACUUCUUCCCAAAUUCUGAAUCUCGACCAUCUAUCUGUUUAGAUGGAAAUUCAGAUGAAAUACAAAAAACGAAAAUAUAUAGUUCAGAAACGAAAUGUUUUAGCGGUGGGAUCCCUGAUUCUGUGCAAGUAAAGCUUCCAGUUGAUUUGACAUAUAAUGAGCUUUCCUGUUUUGAAUACUACUGUAAAAAGAUUCUUCCCGAUCUUUCUAUUUUACCACAGGAAUUCAACUAUUACUCGAGAAUAUACAUACCAAUGGCCUUCAAAGAAAAGGCCAUUUUAUACACCUUGGUUGGAUGGGGCUGCAAGAUGCGCAAAAAUCGUUAUUUAAGUUAUCAGGUUGAAAACAAAGAAGCCGAUAAAUAUAUCUCAUUAGUGAAUGAUGAGAUUGAUCGCAAUAGCAUUUCCCUUACAAGAGAUAAAUUCAUCACCAAUUUUGUGUGUUAUAUGCUAUUAGUUUGUAUGGAAAUAUCGUAUGGUGAUACUGUGAGAUGGUCUGAAUAUUUUACCCGUUGUUUCAAUAUGAUAAAUAGAAUGCCAGGAAAUUUUAAGUAUCUUUUAAAUUCCUGCUCGACAGAGGGAGCUCUAAUGGCUGAAAAUUUUGCAUAUUUUGAUGUUCUUGCGUCUCAGUCAAAUAAGAACGGUACAUUUUAUCCAAUAGAUGAUUAUAGGGAGCUAUUUUCUUCUAACACAAAGAUGCAUGACCCACUUCAGGGCUGUAUAAGGCCAAUCAUUCUUCUUAUUGGAGAAACUGUGAGUCUCUUGGUGGAAUCAAGUUCAUUAAGUCAUAGCCUUGACUUACCAGAUUGUGAUGAAUACGAUUUUAUGAGCAAAAUGAUGACGAAAUCGAUUGAUUUGGAUGAAAGAAUAAAAAAUGCAAAACCGGACUCAGCUUCCCUUAGGUUUCUCUAUUCUCCAGAAGAGCUUGAAUAUCAUCUGACAUUGUUUGAAGUUUAUCAACUAUCAGCGCAGAUAUAUCUUCGGGAGGUUAUCCGUAAGUUACCUCCUGUUGUUCCGGAGAUGGCAAUAUUGGCCUACAGAUUACGUAAUGAAAUGAAAAUAAUAAUUGAGUGCAAGCUGUUGAAAAAAAGUCUUGCAUUCCCAAUGCUUCUACUGGGAACUACAUCAAGCAGACCGAAAGAGAGGAAGGAGGUGGCAUUUAUGUUCGAAUCGUUGAUACAGCAUUGUGGCUACUUAAGCAGCUACCAGAAACUAUGGAUAGUGGUCCAGAAGAUUUGGGAUCUUAAUAAAGAUGGUGCCCUUUAUGUUGAUUGGUUUAGAGUUACAGAGCAAUUUGGAUGGAGACUUAAUUUGGGAAGAUAA